AUUUCACUAUCCGGUAACACUGUAGCACGCAGGAGCAUAACAUAACAUAAUAAUUUUUGGUUGUUAUCUAUUAAAAAUCGCUGAGCAUGGCCUACGACCUGAAGAAGGAGUCGGACGUGAAGGAGUACGUGGACAAGUUGGGCGUGGAGUACCGCUUUGGGUGUUAUUCCGAGAAGAAGCCGGAAGCCUGCCACCUGCUGGGCGACUACCUGGAGGGUAUCAAGAAGGACUUCGAGAAGGCGUCGAAGGUGUAUAAAUCGACGUGCGACGACUACGGUUACGCAAAGUCCUGCUACAAAUACGGCAACUACUGCUUCCUUGGCAAGGGAAAGAGCGGAAGCAAGGGGGAUCCUCGGGUGGCCUACGAGUAUUACGAGAAGGGCUGCAACUUGAACGACUCGGACGCCUGCCUCCACUCUGGGCUGCUGCUCGUCUCGAGGUCCAUGCCCAAGGAGAUCGACAGGAAUGUGCCCAAGGGCUUGGAAUUCCUGACCAAGAGCUGCGACAUGAACAACGCAACCGCCUGCUUUUACCUUUCCGGUAUGCACAUAUCGGGCGUGCAAAAGAAGCCGGACCAAAGCACGGCGACUGUAUCCGCCGGAAGUGGGCCAUCUCCGCCCGCCGGAAAAACACUGUUAAAGGACUCGGACUACAUUGUGCUAAAAGACAUGAAGAAGGCGUUCCAGUUUGCCCAUAAGGCAUGUGAACUUCGCAACAUGUAUGCCUGCGCCAAUCUCAGCCAGAUGUACGCCCGUGGCGAUGGGAUUGAGAAAAAUGAAAAGGAAGCGGAAAAGUACAAGAAGCUGGCCCUGGAGAUGCAGGACGAGGUGAAGAAGCAGCAGGAGACGCUAGGCUUCCAACAGGGCGUGGGAAUGCCCAAUUGAUUUAGAUUCUGGUUGAUUCCUGCUUCCAUAAACUGGUGCUUCUCACCUUCGCCUAGUCCAAUGUUCAUGUUUUGUAUUCACGUGUAUCUUUGUCAGGUUUCUAUUUGCCCCUUUUCUGUCGGUCUUACAUUAGUGGUUAAACUAACUAUCUUGUGUUUGUGAUUUCCGUGUACAUAGCCGAAAUUUACAUGCGGCGGAGUGAGAUAGAAAAGGCGAAACGAAGAGAAGUUUAUAGUUUUAAUUGUUAAAGUUAUCGAGAAACAAAUGAAAAACCCCUAAAGCUUUGGCUGUUUUCAGCAGAAUAACAUGAUCACUAAUCUCUGUUGAAUCAGUAAAGGUAAACAGUGAUCAAGUUAAUUAUGUUAAACGCUCAUGGUACAUUGCGACGUCAAAAAAAGUAGAAUAUAUUACUUUAAAAGCUGCAUCAGACAAUUAUCCUAGGUUUUUGACAGUCACUUAAGCAUAAGAAUUUUUUCUUCACCAUUAAUUAUCAUGUGCGUUUUUCUGCUCAACGCGGCCAUUCUGUUGAUAUAUGCAAAAUACAAACUAGUCCAACGAAAGGACGUUGUCGAAAAAUCAAAUAA